CGGACCGAAAGGUGUCUCUAUUUCGCUGUGCAAACAACCGCUGCACACUUUCGUCUGCGUUCGGUAAUGUGACACCCCGCUCCAGCACCAGGAGCCUCCAAGCUUUGACAAAUUCUACACUUCAUUCGCAGAAAUAUCCCUGACGUAGUCGAAGAACGGGCAAAUAAGGGAAGAAGAAAAACAAUGAAUGCCAGCAAACAGCUUGCUUAAGAUGAACGUCUGUGUUGUACAAUUUGUGUUGUACAUUUUAUAAUAUCAUCAAAGUAAAAAGUUUACCUUUCCAGUGGCUAAUGGGUGACCACCAGUCUCGGCGGCUUCGUGUGAGGAGGAGAUGAUGAAGAAUUACAGCAACAGUCCCCGCCGGAAAUGUCAAACCCCGAAUCACACGAGAGAUCGAAACAACAAGAAGGGCAAUUUGCUUUCUGUGAUUUUCUUGAGAUUUUCACUUCGAAUUUAUGGGUUCUGCAUGACUGCGCUGCUGCUGUUUUGUGUGGGUUCAGUCUUCUAUCAAUUGAACGGAGGGCCCCCCAAAAUUCUUCUGGAUAUCCGACAAUAUCUUGGACAGUCUACUUUCAUUGAUGACCACAGACCCCAGCCCCCAAGAGUCUUGCCUUUUCCGAGUCAGGUAGUGUAUAACCGUGUGGGGAAGUGUGGCAGCCGUACCGUAGUUCUGCUGCUGCGGAUCCUGGCAGAAAGACAUAGCUUCACCCUGGUCUCCUCCGACAUCCACAACAAGACCCGGCUCACCAAACAUGAGCAGGUUGACCUGAUGAGGAACAUCAGUAACAUUCCACAGCCAUUCCUGUUCACCCGCCAUGUGCACUUCCUAAAUUUCACUAGGUUCAGGAUAGAGCAACCUGUGUACAUCAACAUCAUCCGGGAUCCCAUCAACAGAUUCCUCUCCAAUUACUUUUUCCGGCGGUUUGGGGACUGGCGUGGCGAGCAGAAUCACCUGAUCCGAACCCCCGGGAUGAAGGAUGAGGAGCGAUACCUGGAUAUUAAUGUAUGCAUCCUGGAGAAUUACCCAGAAUGCUCCAACCCACGACUCUUCUACAUCAUUCCCUAUUUCUGUGGACAGCAUCCCCAGUGCAGGGAGCCUGGCGAGUGGGCUCUAGAGCGAGCCAAGCGGAAUGUUCUAGAGACCUACCUGCUGGUGGGGGUGCUGGAAGAGCUGGAGGAUGUGCUGCUCCUGCUGGAGCGCCUCCUACCGCACUUCUUCACCAACGUGCUGAACAUCUACAAGAGCCCAGAGUACAAGAGGAUGGGGAACAUGACGGGCACAGUGCAAAAGCACACACCCACCCUGGAGGCCCUGCAGGUGCUUUACCAACGCAUGAAGUAUGAGUAUGACUUUUACGCGUUCGUUAGAGACCAGUUCCACCUGCUGAAAAGGAAAAUCGGGCUAAGGUCUGUUUCCCACCCACCGCACCGCCCCAAAAUCCUGAUGAAUGCACAACCUAAAACCCAGGAGCCUCUGGAAGAGGAAGAGGAGGAGGAAGAAGAAGAGGAGGAGGAGGAGGAGGAGGAGGAGGAGGAAGAGGACACCCACAACUGGCUGAUACAGCCCUGACUGUUAGCGUGGAAGUGGUGGGCACAGCUUGUAGCAGUGUCUCCACCCUGUUUGUUUUCGCCCAUGGAUAAUACUAAUUUUUAUGGGUGGCUUUUCUCAUGGAAGGGACACAAGCGUUUGCCAAUGUGUGCAAAGAGCUGCUUGGAGAAAGGACCUUGUAAAAUGUUUUCAAUUGUAUAUUUUUGAAGAUGCAAGGGACAGUCCAAUCACAAUGUCUCCAGAGGAGAUGUGUGAGAUACGCAUACAGUGAUAUGAAUAUUAGCUGUUUCCAGUGACACAACAAAUGUUACAGUGAGAAGGCCAAGGACAGCCAUGAGGACAAAUGCUUGAGCCUGUAAGAUGUGAAGGAAGUCAUUUUACUGGCAAACACUAUACAAAUGUCAUAGGACCUGUGUCAAUGUCUCGAAAUAAGGUAACAUUACAUGUCUAUGGGCUGUAUAAACUUUGUUAUUGUUCAAGCUAAGACUGAAUCAACCAGUAAGAGCAGUUACAUUAAUUCCCAGUGCUUAUUUAUCGUUAGAGGUUUAAUUGAGGGGUGGCAUUUCUUACCACAGCUCAGCAGUUAUUGAAUGUAUUUGUAAAGUUUAUGCCACAUCCUGUUGAGGAACUUGUUCUCGUUGCAGUGAUGCAUCUGAUCAUGUCUGGUCCACACUACUGUGGACAGUGGCUGGACACCUGAAUGAAUACUGAAUGAAUAACUGACCUCACCAUGGGAGGGGGGCUCUAUGUUGAUGGUGUAUCCCCUGCAUCAUUGCUCA